AUGGGGUUCACUGAAGCGAGCCGAGGAGCCUUAAUCCAAUCUCUCAUCAAGUCCAUGGAUACGUACGGCUGUCAAGGCGCGGAUAUCAAUUUGAAAUAUCCUGCUGAGCCGAAGCGCGGAGGUCGUAAAAAGGAUACUGACAACCUCGUACUCCUCAUGAACGAGAUGAAGGGACAGUUUGGCGAGAGGUAUGGUAGGAGUCUUACCAUCGCGCCUGACUAUUGGUACCUGCACGGCUUCAAGCCAGCCGAGAUGCAGAAAGUGCGCUCCCAAACCAACAUCACUGAGAUCAAGAAGAAUCCUGAACCGCUGUGGUUUGACGGCGUUGAUCCUGCAAAAAUCGGCAUGAACCUCGCAUACUCUAGACGUGCGUAUACACUAGCCGAUCCAAGCUGUAUUUUGAUUGACUUCGACGUGGGCGCUGGGCUUUGA